AAAAUGAGGUGAAAAAGUGAUAAUUAUACAAAUAUUGUUCAACUCCACAAAAAUUAGGAUUAACUCGUUUUUGGAAUCUGAAAGAUCUACAAUGGAAGACCUGCUCUAUUACGAUGUACAUAAAGCUAAUGUAAGGAAUAGUACAAUAUCAGGCUUCACGUUGCCUAGAUCUACUGACGCUGGUCUCAAAUUCAAACUGUACUGCAUUUUCAUAGACUGGCUUCUAGUUGUCUGCUUCAUCUUUAUGGCAGUUCAGAUCUCACACGGUCGGCUAGUCCCCGCCAUUCUACCCGAUGUCGUAUCCACCUAUCUCAUGAUGUACGGAGUCGUAGGAACUGUUUACUACCGAUACUAUUUCGAAAGUUUCCAGCGAAUUUUCAAAGCUUUCAACGAGAUUACCAAGGAGUGUGUGGAGUUUCCACCAAUCAGGGGCCCGAAUUUUAGGGAGAGGAUACUCCUGGAGAAUCAACUGAUGUACAAGUGUGUGUCUUAUAUACCGGCGACGCUUUUGAUAAGCGCGUUCACUUUCUACAUGCCGUUUGUUCUACGAAUACUGUUAUUUGGAAUUCGUGACGAGGCCGAUGAACGCAUCACUGAUGAGAGCACUGCGGGAAGACUGAAGGAAGCCGGACGUCAUUUUCUGUGUAUGCUGGGGGCUCAGUUCGGAGGAUCAAGGAAAGCAACUGUUGAGUGGUUUCUGGCGAGCCUCAUGACGCUCUCGCUCACUCACUUGAACCAUCUUGAAGCCAUAGCUGGAGAUACUGUAUGUGGUAGUAGCGCUAUCAAUUUACCUGAAAACUAUCAAUCAACUAUGGAACAGAAUGAGGUUUUGACCGUUGACAACAAAGUCAAAAAGUGGGUGAUGAUUCAUCAAAAAAUCCUCAAGUUGAACUCAGACAUCUCACAAACUGUCAAUCCUCUGCUAAUUUUUUACUUCACAACUAUCGUGUUGACUUGUGGAGUUGUUACUUGCGUAGUCAUUAUGGCUGAAGAAUUUUCUUACAUUGAAAGAGUUUCAGCAGGAUAUUUCGGUUUCAGCUCUCUAGUUAUGUUCUCAAUCCUUUGUUACAUCGGAAAUUUAAUCAACAUUAAAAGCAGACAAGUGAGUGCCGACCUGUUCUGGAAUAGUUAUAAAAGUGAGGAAUUUUUGAGUAGGAGCAUUCUAUCCAAUUUGAAAAUUAUUCUUUCGAGGACACACACUCCUAUUACGUUUGCUGCGUACAAAAGUGAUAAAAUCAAUCUCAUGAAUGAAACCUUUGUAUCGUGUGGAUUCUCGAUAUUCUCUCUGAUAUCUACAAUUCGAAAAUUCAACACAAGUAAGCUUUGAGAAUAAUAUUAUCACAAGAUAUUCAACAGUGGAAUCUGAUCACAAACUGAAUCCAGAGGUAGAGAGAGACAUUUUUGAACUAGUGAAAUAAUAACGGAUCAGAAGGAUUACCUAAUAGAGACCAUAAUAAAUUGAUAAGAAAUGAAAUGAUACAUGCCUUUUGUCUUGAAAUUUAUAACUUCCACCAUCAACCCACUAGGCUAACUCCAUAGUGCAUUCUGGUGAUGUCAGCACAGGUAGGGCUCCUACACUAAUAAAAACACUAGCUGAUAUAUAUCAGCUGAAAUCAACGAAUUUUUAUUGGUGUAGGAGCCCUACCUGUGCUGACGUCACACGAAUGCACUACUAGGGCUUUGUUUACGGAGGUAGUGAUCAACCCCAAGUUGUGAUGAUAUUAUGGUCAUGUUAUUUUAGAAAAAAGACACUUGAAUUAACCCUGUGGAAUCCUUGCCACACAGUCAAGUGUGAUGAUAAAUUCAGGCGAGGUGGGACCUUACUGUAAGGGACUCCCCACUAACAAACGCAUUUUUGUCCAUAGCCAUACGAAUUUACUUUAGGCCUACUAUAAUAAGGUCCACGUUAUAAUGGCAGUGGAGAAAGAUAGGAGAUAACGUUGCCGAACGUUGUCUUGUCAAUGCCUUCU